AUGGCGACGAAUAUCCUCUCCCUGCCCUUCCGGAAGGGCGUGCACCUCUCCCUCUCGUCCGCCAUCAAAAAGUACAUUAGCGUCAAGUAUGACCAGCACCCGGACAUGUUCCGCCAGGACCUCGAGGUCAUCGAUGCUCUCCGUAGCGACGCUAUCAAUGUCCGCGAACCGCACUUGAGCGGCGUCAAGAGAUUGCAAGCGUACGCUGCUCAACUCGUCUGGAUUGGCGGCAAGUUCCCAAUUGAUAUUGGCGCAGAUUUCACCUGGUACCCUGCUCUGGGCUAUAAUGUCGACCGACCGGUGUCCCGAAACAAUCUCAAAUACGAGCUUCUCAGCGUUCUCUUCAACCUUGCCGCCCUCUAUUCCCAGCUCGCCCACAUGAUUAAGGAGGUUCUGCCCGAGCUGAGGAUGUCCGACCCUCCCGACGAUAUGGAUGAGCACACCCUCGAAUCCCUCCUUCAGCUCUCUCUGGCCCAGAGCCAGGAAUGUUUCUGGCAAAAGGCUGUCAUGGAUGGAUACCGCGACAGUAGCAUUGCCAAGCUCGCCGCCUGCGUUUCCGACCUGUAUAACCUCGCGGGCGAGGCCGCGGUGAAGAGCGAAGGCAUCAGCACUGCCUGGAUCCAUCAGUUCAGCGCCAAGCAACGCCACUUUGCCGCCGCUGCACAGUACCGCGCUGCCCGGGACUGUCUCGAGAAGCGAAAGUUUGGCGAGGAGGUCGCACGCCUGCAGGAUGCCGUCAUCUGCGUGACCGACGGCCUCAAGGAUUUGAAGAAGAGCCAACUGAACAAGCAGGUCGCUGAGGACCUACAAAACUUGAAGAAAAAGGUCGAGGAGGAUUUGAAGCGUGCGGAAAAGGACAAUGACAUGAUCUACCUAAAUCCCGUUCCGGCCAAGGCCGAGCUCAAGAUUCUCGACCGCGCCAAAAUGGCGAUCGCGAAGACGCCGCCUCAGGUCGAGAAGCCCUUGGACUACCUCGGCGAUCAGGCUGAAUUCGGCCCUGCCCUAUUCUCUCGUCUCGUCCCCUUCUCCGUCCAUCAGGCUACUUCGAUAUACGAGGAGAGGCGCGACCGACUCGUUAACCAGAGCCUCAUCCAGGGUCUCGAGAUCUUGACCGAGGAUGUGCACGUCCAACUGUCCUCCCUUGGGUUGCCUGGCUCCUUACAGGCUCUGGAGAAACCUCUGGGCUUACCCCAUAGCCUGACGCAACAUGCCGAGGAGAUACGGCAGGCCGACGCCAUUAACCGCAUUGAGCGGAGCUUCGCGGACAUUGAGAAGCUUCGCUCAGCCGACCAAGCAGUAUACGCGGAUGGCAUCGAGAUUCUGAAUGCCGAGGAGGAGGAGGACAAUCGUCUUCGUUCUAAAUACGGCACGGACCGGUGGAAUCGCCCUCCCGGCCGUCAGGAUGCUCACGGAAGCGCGCUAUGGGGCUUGGUACAGGAAAUUGAGGGCUACCUCUCGACUAGCUUGAGCAGCGACAACGUCGUGCGAGAGAAGUUUGCGAGCGUCGCCGAGACCCUGGGGAUCUUGGGCGGCUCCGAUCGGCAGCUCAUGAACUACGUUCCAUCAAGUCUCCAGGCGACAAUUCCCGAGAACCUCAAAUUUUUUGAGCGUCGCCUCGAUAAGCUCUACGAGCCAGAGCUGGAAGCGGCGGAUAAAGAAAAGGUAGAACAGGAACGGUUGCUGGCGGAGCUGGUGCGGGUAAACCGGGAGUUUGAGAGUCAAAAGAAGCGCGGUGACAGUGGGACCAAGCUCCGAGAGGAAAGGCUGCAGACACUGGAGGCCGCUUACUUCAAGUACAAGGAAAUCAUCAACAACCUCGAGGUGGGCCGCAAGUUUUACAAUGACCUGAGUCGGAUCGUCGGUCAGCAGUUUAGGGACCAGGCGAGAGCAUGGGCGAACCAGAGGAGAAUGGAGGCGAGGAGCCUGGAAGAGGAAUUAUCGCUGCCCCCAUUGUCUACUCUGAGCAUCAACCGAACCCCGGUACACUCACCCCCGGCCGCUGCCUACCAGGCGGCAGACAACACCUACUUCCCCAGCAGGCACAGCAGCACCAGCUCCAGCACCAGCUCCAACACCAAAUGCCCCAUCAAAUGCAGCACCAGAUUCCGCAACAGCAUCAACACCAAGCUCCGGAUCGACAGUGUCUCCGCAGCAGCCGCGGCCGGUAGCGCCGAUGCAAGGAACAUGGGCGCCCGGAAUGGAAAUCAAGUUUGCGGGACCGUCGGGUUCGCCGGCGAGAGGCAAUACGCCAGGGGCAAGCCACCAGUCGGAGGCACAUGGGAUCCGAACUCGGGGAUCAAGUUUGGUUGA